CCGACCUCUGCAGCUUCUCCUUCCGGUUUCUGGAGCUCAGCAGGAAGCUUCAUGCGUCAGGACAAGAGAUUCUCAUGUUUCCACUUCAUUAUUAAUGCACUCGAGGGUGAAACUGCGCAUGUCCGCUUUCUGUGCGUCCUCGCGCGCUGCGGACAUGACGUCCCGCUGCUCUGGUCUCACCUGCAGCUUCUGGACCAGCAUCUCCUCUAACUGACCGCAGCGUGGGGAGCAACAGCCAAUCAGCUUCCAGAUAGCCUCUCAAACACGCCCCCUGCACGCACGCGCGCGCGCAGACACGCUCCCGCUUCCUCUGUAAUCCUCCGUCCUCUCCAGGCAUCAUGGCGGAAAUUAAAACGGGAAUCUUUGCGAAGAACGUUCAGAAACGGCUGAACCGGGCCCAGGAGAAGGUUUUGCAGAAACUGGGAAAAGCAGAUGAGACCAAAGAUGAGCAGUUUGAACAAGUGGUGAUAAACUUCAAGAGACAAGAGUCUGAAGGCGCUCGGCUGCAGAGGGAGAUGAAGUCCUACAUGUCUGCCAUCAAAGGGAUGCAACAGGCGUCCAUCAACCUGACUCAGUCUCUGCAUGAAGUCUACGAACCGGACUGGCACGGCAAAGAUGACAUCGUGACCAUUGGGAAGGACUGUGACGCGCUGUGGGAAGAUUUCCACAACAAACUGGUUGACUCAACUCUGCUAAACCUGGACGGAUAUCUGCAGCAGUUCCCUGACCUGAAGAUGCGUGUUGCCAAAAGAAGUCGGAAACUCAUCGAUUACGACAGCGCUCGGCAUCAGCUGGAGGCCUUGCAGGUGCCUGGGAUGAAGAACGACAGGAAGGUGAUGAAGGCAGAAGAUGAGCUUAAAAAGGCUCAGAAAGUUUUCGAUGAGCUGAACGUCGGCCUUCAGGAUGAGCUGCCGACUCUCUGGGAUCGCCGAGUCGGUUUCUACAUCAGCACCUUCAGGUGUGUCACCAGUCUGGAGGCCAAGUUUCACCGAGAAAUCUCACUGGUGUGCAGGGAGCUGUAUGAAGUCAUGACGAAGCUAGGGGAGCAACACUCUGACAAGAUCUUCACCAUCCAAGGAGCUCCGAGUGAUUCUGGACCGCUGCGCCUCGCCAGAACCCCGUCACCACCGGAAGACGAGACUCCCCCAGAGAGCCCAGAUGCCAGCUCCAAUCACAUGCUCCGCCCAGUUUCACCUGGUCCGCCCCGGCCAAAAUCCCCAAUUCAGUUUAAAAAGGGUCCACCGGUUCCUCCACCUCCUAAAGUCACACCCACUAAAGAAGUGGCAGAAGAGCAAAUCAUUGACUUGUUCGGAGGAGAAUUUUUACCUGCUCCUUCACCUUCUCAGCCAAAUGAACGACCAGGAGAGUCUCUUCUUGACAUGGACUUUGAUGCUUUCCAGCCGGAUGAAAGUGUUUCACCGAUUCCUCAGACGGCUGUACCGUGGGACAUGUGGUCGGGAAAUGCCCAACCUACUCAGCCUGCUGCCGAUGCUGGAUUUGUUGCUGACUGGUCUGCAGACUUUGGUUCGAUGUCAGCAAAUGGAGAUGUUGCUUCGGCUACAGUCCCGGUUGCUUCAGGAACUCUGGCUGACAUGCCAGAGGGGGAGCAGGUCGGUGUUCAGGGCGGAGCUGAGUGCUGGCCCCAGGCGGAAAGCUCACUACCAGGUGGAGACACAACUGCUGUCCAGGACAGUGAGCCCAGAGACCAGGGAGAUGAGGAUGCUGCUGCUCCAUCAUUUUUUACAGAUUUUGAUAAGAUGAAUGAGAGUGAAACAACAGAAGAAGGUCCUGCAGCAUCCCUGAAACAAACAGACAAUGAAUUAAAAGAGGCUACAGCGCCCCCUGCUGGAGAACAGUGUGCGAGUCCAUCUCUUCUUGCUGAUGACGAAUUUGAACAGCAGCCUCUGGAAUCAAAAGUGGAGGAAGCUCCAGCUCCCCCUGCUGGUAAAGCCCAAGAACAUGAGGCUCCUAUUGAUGAUGAAGAGGACGACAAACCUUCAGAGAAUCAGCAGGAGGAAGAGCCAGCUACUAAAGCUGGAAGUCCGGAGAAGCCAGAGCCUGCUGAGGUUCCUCUGACUGAGACCAAAUCAUCUGGAGGUGAAGCCGCUCCAUCGGAGAAGAUGCCCAUCCCCUCUGUAGUGAUUGAACCUGCCUCCAGUAACGAAGGUGACGAUGACCGAGAUGCUGACAUCAUCUCACCUACAGCUGUCGGCGACGACAAGGCGACGCCACAAAGCCGCGGCCUCAAACACAUGAGUCCAUCAGGCGGAGGCUCAGGAUUUCCUGAUGACUUUCUGUACAAGGUGGAGACCAUGCAUGAUUUUGAGGCUGCAAAUUCAGAUGAGCUUGAACUGAAAAGAGGAGAUGUGGUGUUGGUGGUGCCUACUGCUUCAAUGGAAGAUCAAGAAGCAGGCUGGCUCACAGGCAUAAAAGAAAGUGACUGGUCAACCCUUGGCGUUGGUGCACAAAGAGGACUUUUCCCUGAAAACUUUACCCAGCGUUUGAAUUAACAACUUUAUGUAAGAGAUCAAGAGGAAUCAAUCAAAUAUGUAUGCAAUCUGCCAAGACAGCAUGUACAGUAGCUGAGCCUGUUCAGUUUCAGGAAACUAACCUGCAGCACUGUUGCGUUGACAGCUGCUGAAACAUAACACAUCGGUUCCUUCUCAGCAUGAAGUCACCCUGUUGUACCUUCUCUCUGAAUUACAUGUUUCCUUGUAUUAAAACUAGAAAUAUUUAAUGGAGAAUUUUUGCUGAAAUGCAACAUAAAGGAUAAAUUAUGUCUAAUUUUUUUAACUGUGUAAAACUAAGGAGGUGACGUGUAGCUCCCUCGCAGCAUGUGUUGUAAUUAACUUGAAAAAUCUGAUCGACUUUGUGCAGUGAUCUAUUUCAGUGCUUUUAUGUGUGAUAUGAAAAUAAUGAGUCCUGUGUCUUGAUUUUAAUGGUCAUUGUUGCUGUGGUUCUUUAGUCACUGUUUUAUUGUUUCAUAAUGUUGGUGGAUGUUUGGUUCAUGUGUGAUAAAAUGUUUCUGGAAUCCUGAUAUGAAUUAUCUGAGGAUUUAUGAAAAUCACUUCAAGAAUGAUUGAAAUUACAGAAUUUUCCUUAAUGAAAAUCCAAGUCAACCUGUUUAUGUUGAAAAAAACCCAGAAUGAACUAUAUAAUAUAUAAAAUUUAAUAUGCAAUCGUUGUUGCUAUGAUUGACAAUGUGACUUAAAGACUCAAAUAGAUAAAGUAAAAUGUCUUCUGUUAGCAAAUUACUGGCUACCUGUAGACAUUAAGUAAUGUAGAAAACCUGUUUAAAAAACAAAUAAAGCAUAAUUUAUAAAUCAA